AUGAAGAAUCACGACGCUGACUUGGCCCGCGAUGCCGCUCAACUAGCAGCGCUAGGCCACAAACAGGAGCUAGAACGAAAUUUCUCUUUCGUCUCUAUGCUCGGCCUUGCAUUUUCGAUUCUCAACUCUUGGACUGCGCUUGCGUCGAGUUUAUCUGUGGGAUUGCCUAGCGGUGGUCCCACAGCUGUUAUUUGGGGCCUUGUCACAGCUGGAGUGGGGAGUUUGUCGCUUGCUGUUUCGAACGCUGAGUUUCUUUCUUGUUAUCCUACUAGCGCUGGACAGUAUCACUGGGCAGCUAUUAUAUCGCCUCCGAGAUGGGUCGCUAUUGUCUCGUGGGUUACUGGUUGGGUUAAUGUCAGUGGAUGGGUUGCGUUGUCUGCCUCCGGUGGUGUUUUGGGUGGACAGUUGUUUCUUGGUAUUAUUACCAUGUACGACCCCGACUUCGCCCCGACACGAUGGCAGUACUUCUUGCUGUUCCUCCUAUACACAUUCCUCGGGUUCUUCCUCAACUUGUUCUUGGCUUCGGGACUGCCGAUGAUGACAAAGAUCGCGCUGAUCUGGUCUGUCUGCGGUCUCCUCGCUACGACCAUCACUGUCUUGGCUACCAGCGCCCCUGAUUUCCAGCCCGCAAGCUUUGUCUUUGGAGAAUUUAUCAACUCGACUGGCUGGCCUGGUGGUGUCGCUUUCCUCUUGGGUCUAUUGCAAGGCGGUCUCGGGCUUACGGGCUUCGAUGCCGUUGCGCAUAUGAUCGAGGAGAUUCCCCAACCCUGCAUUCGUGGCCCUCGCAUUAUGGUGGCUUGUGUCGCUAUGGGUCUGGUCACAGGCUUUGCUUUCCUUGUUUGUCUUCUCUUUGUCAUCAAAGACGUUGACGCUGUCGUCGCUUCCCCAACUGGUCCUCUCGUCGAGAUCUACCUUCAAGCGACAAACAGUAAGGCCGGCACUGUUUGCCUGCUCCUCUUCCCCAUGAUCUGCCUUGUCUUUGGGACCCUUGGUAUCAUGGCCACAAGCACUCGUAUCCUUUACGCCUUUGCUCGUGAUGGAGGCUUGCCCUUCUCCCGAGUGUUUGCCAAGGUUGACCAGCGAUGGGGCAUUCCAGUCAAUGCGCUUUUACUCACCAACGCGAUUGUCAUCAUUUUCGGCCUCGUCUACCUUGGAUCAACCAGCGCACUGAACGCCAUUUUGUCAGCAGCAGUUAUCGCUCUCUCCAUCUCAUACGCCGUUACCCCUGCCAUCAAUUGUCUACAGUGGCGAAAGGGACUAUUGGACAACCGACCGUUCGUGCUCCCAGAGUGGCUCGGCUGGAUCUGCAAUCUUGUUGGCAUCGCCUACACGAUCGUCAUCACCGUCUUCCUUCUCUUCCCUCCCGUUAGCGAUGUCACAGCCUCCAACAUGAACUACGCAGUGGUCGCAUUCGCAGCCAUCAUCAUCGUUUCUUCGAUCCAGUGGUUCGUCGAUGGAAGACAUAACUUCAAGGGUCCUACUUUUGACGAAGACGCGCUGUUUGUCAGCGGAAUCGAAGAAACCGGCGGUACUAAGAUUGGGGAUGACAAUGACUCCAAGGUCAACAAGAUAGAUGCAGAGGUCUAG